AUGGCACAAAAGGACUGUUGGCAAAGUCGCUAUUACGCGUUUUCCAAGGUGUUUAUGAUAUUGGCUGGAAUAUGGUCAUAUCAUACGAUCGGUAUUAAGUGUCUGAUCUUCGUGGCAACGCUAUAUCUAUUACAUGCAACCGACAUCAACAACAUAUUCGAAGGUGUGCCGUCGUUGAUGAUCAUUCUACUAACUAGUUAUCAAGUAGUAUUUAUGACGAUAUACAGUGAAAAAGUAAGAACCUGUUUUAAGACAAUGGAGGAGGACUGGCUUUUGCUGAACACGGAGACUGAAAAAACUAUUUUACAACGGCAUACUAAAUACGGACAAUAUCUGACGAAAGUUUAUGCGAUAAUCCUCUUUUUAACGCCAUUGAGUUUUAUUCUUAAACCUACCAUACUGACGAUAAUGGAAAAAAAUAUAGAGAACGUAACAAUGCCACCGUUGUCGAAAUUGUCCUAUCAACUUGAGUACAACGCGAAAAUGGAGCAGCACUUUUAUUUCUUAAUGCUUCACAGUUCUCUAGCUGUAUUGUCUCAUUCCUUGAUUGCUGUCGCUGUUGAUAGCUUCUAUUAUGCUUUGAUCCAACAUGCUUGCGGAAUGUUCGAAAUUAUUGGACACGUGCUGGAGAACAUUGGCAAAAAUAAUGACGCCAAUUUUCGUCUAGAGGUACAAAGAAUCGAUGAUAACAAUUAUGACGCCGCACUGGACUGCCUACGUAGGCAUCUUCAUGUAGUAGAAUUUGUCGAACAGAUCGAGUUCUUAUUUGCAAAUAUGUUUCUGGUCUGUCUUUAUUCAAUGAUACUUUCUAGCACUGUAUCCGGUAUACAGGUGAUGGUGAAUUUAGACAAUGGAGACAUUGCAAAAGAAGAUGGUACUAUACUUCUCGAAGAUGUAGAAAGAUCUUUCUUCUAA